AUGGGACCCCGCGACGGUGGCGGCUCCCUGCGAGCCCUGCGCUGGCUGGCGUGGGCUUUCCCCUUGGCGGCGUUCGCCUCCUUCGCCGACGAGACCCUGGAGCGAGCCGCCAAGUCCGAAGGCUACUGCAGCCGCAUCCUGCGAGCCCAGGGCGCCAGGCGAGAGGGAUACAACGAGUUCAGCCUCCGCCUGGAAGGCGACCCCGAAUCCUACAAGCCGGGGAACAGUUACCGGGUAACUCUUUCUGCUGCCACUCCAGCCUACUUUCGUGGAUUCACACUGAUUGCUUUGAAAGAAGGCAAAGAGGGAGACAAAGAAGAAGACCAUGCGGGAACCUUUCAGAUUAUUGAUGAAGAAGAAACACAGUUCAUGAGUAAUUGUCCUGUGGCUGUUACUGAAAGCACACCAAGGAGAAGGACACGCAUUCAAGUUUUUUGGACAGCACCUUCUUUGGGCACGGGCUGUGUAAUUUUGAAGGCGAGCAUUGUGCAAAAGAGAAUUAUUUAUUUUCAAGAUGAAGGAUCUCUCACCAAGAGGCUAUGUGAACAAGACUCAGCCUCGGAGGGGGUGACUGAAAAACCAAUCAUAGAUUGCUGUGCCUGUGGGACGGCUAAAUACAGGCUUACCUUUUAUGGAAACUGGUCAGAGAAGACACACCCAAAAGAUUAUCCACGGCGAGCCAAUCAUUGGUCUGCAAUCAUUGGUGGAUCUCAUUCAAAGAACUAUGUACUCUGGGAAUAUGGAGGUUAUGCAAGUGAAGGAGUCAAGCAGGUUGCUGAGCUGGGAUCUCCAGUAAAAAUGGAAGAAGAAAUUCGGCAACAGAGCGAUGAGGUUUUGACUGUCAUCAAAGCGAAAGCACAAUGGCCUGCCUGGCAACCGCUAAACGUGAGAGCUGCGCCCUCUGCUGAAUUUUCGGUGGACAGAACACGCCAUCUGAUGUCUUUCCUUACCAUGCUAGGGCCCAGUCCGGACUGGAACGUAGGACUGUCAGCUGAGGACUUGUGUACCAAAGAAUGUGGGUGGGUCCAGAAGGUUGUUCAAGAUCUGAUACCAUGGGAUGCCGGCACUGACAGUGGGGUGACCUAUGAGUCACCCAACAAACCAACAGUGCCUCAAGAGAAGAUAAGACCUCUCACAAGCCUGGAUCAUCCCCAGAGUCCCUUUUAUGACCCAGAAGGAGGUUCCAUUAAAUCAGUAGCCAGAGUUGUCAUAGAAAGGAUUGCACGGAAGGGGGAACAGUGCAAUAUUGUUCCUGAUAACGUUGAUGACAUCGUUGCAGAUCUUGCAGCGGAAGCUCCCGAAGAUGAAGAUGACACUCCAGAAACCUGCAUCUAUUCAAACUGGUCCCCAUGGUCAGCCUGUAGCUCUUCCACUUGUGAAAAGGGCAAACGAAUGAGGCAGAGAAUGCUCAAAGCUCAGCUGGACCUCAGUGUGCCUUGUCCAGAAACUCAGGACUUUCAACCUUGUAUGGGUCCAGGCUGUAGUGAUGAAGAUGGUUCCACAUGCAUGAUGUCUGAGUGGAUAACCUGGUCCCCCUGCAGCGUGUCCUGUGGCAUGGGAAUGCGGUCAAGAGAAAGAUAUGUGAAGCAGUUCCCUGAUGACGGCUCUAUGUGUAAAGUGCCUACUGAAGAAACAGAGAAAUGUAUUGUAAAUGAGGAAUGCGCUCCGAGCAGUUGCCUGGUGACAGAAUGGGGGGAGUGGGAUGAAUGCAGCGCCAGCUGUGGCAUGGGAAUGAAGAAACGGCACCGAAUGAUCAAGAUGACUCCGGCAGAUGGCUCCAUGUGCAAGGCGGAAAUCACAGAAGCAGAGAAAUGCAUGAUGCCCGAGUGCCAUACCAUACCUUGUAUGCUGUCUCCCUGGUCUGAGUGGAGUGACUGCAGCGUAACAUGUGGGAAGGGCAUGAGGACACGACAGAGGAUGCUCAAAUCUGCUGCUGAACUUGGAGACUGCAAUGAGGAGCUGGAACAAGUGGAGAAAUGCAUGCUACCGGAGUGCCCUAUUGACUGUGAGCUAACCGAGUGGUCCCAAUGGUCCGAAUGCAAUAAGUCUUGUGGGAAAGGUCAUAUGAUCAGGACAAGAAUGAUAGAAAUGGAGCCCCAGUUUGGUGGCGCAUCAUGCCCGGAAACAGUCCAGCGCAAAAAAUGCCGAAUAAGGAAAUGCUUGAGAAAUCCCAACAUUGAGAAAAGGCGCUGGAAAGAGCCUCGGGAGAAAAGGAGAAGUGAGCAAACAAAAGAAGAUGUUGACGGUGAGCAAUUUCCAGGUUGUAAGAUGAAACCAUGGACUGCUUGGUCAGAAUGUACCACACUAUGCGGGGGUGGAAUCCAGGAGCGGUUCAUGACUGUAAAGAAGAGAUUCAAAAGCACUCAGAUCACCAGUUGCAAAGAUAAGAAGGAAUUAAGAGCCUGCAAUGUCCACCCUUGUUAGCAAAACUGGAGGCUUUUGAAAAAAAUGCACUCUGAGAUAAAUGUAAAAUCAACUU